GCAGUUUUUUAUGGACAUCCGUCGCAGCAGGACUCCAAGCUCACCGUAAUCACCCCCUGAUACUGGCAUGCAGACUUGCAAGCCGCCGUCUGAACUACUCUCAGCACAGGGGACGAAAGAGAUAUUAAGAGGAACAAAUCUGAAAUAAAAACAAACGGGACUGUAGUGUAAAAACACGUCCGGUCGGCUUGGAGGGACUGGAAUUUCAGCCCCCCUCUCCAGUUGUCAAUAGACCGUGGUUAGUUUGAGUUCACCAUCAGUGUAGCUCUCUUUGCUAACGGACACGGGUAUCUUGAGUUCUUCUGAGAUGCGCGUGUUGGACUGAAGAUAUACUCGUCGUCAUUUGUAUGUGUGGAGCUAAGAUCCCAUGCACGUGUUGAUUUCUUGUGGAGAAGGAAGAAAGUGAUUUAUUUUAAGAAAGAAGAAAACAACGUUGAUGAGGAACAAUGAACACGGAAAAGAACGGGAAGAAUCUUGAGUAUCUCUCCAUGGAGGAGUCCCAGGAGGUCAUGGUGAAAGGCAAAGACUUCGAGGAAGGGAGGGGUAAGAAACCACCCAGAUCCGGGGGUCGUCGAAGCUGGUUCCGGCAGAGAUCCAGCCUUGAGAAGUUCUUGCUCUUCUUCCUUCUCGUGCUCCUCAUCAUCUGCGUGGUACUGCUCAUCUGUCUGAUCGUCACAGUGGCAUCUUCCUCAAUGGCUGGCGGAGGUACAAGUUCUAGGCUGAGCACGGAAGGCAUCUGCACAACGCCCGAGUGUGUCAUAUCAGCUGGAGGUAUAUUACGCAAUAUGGACAUGGAAGCAGACCCGUGUGAGGAUUUCUACCAGUAUGCUUGCGGCGGAUGGACACAGGCAAACUUCAUCCCUGAUGAGGACGCCAAAUACACGGUCUUCGAAGAGCUUUUCAACCAACUCAUGGACAUGAGUCGAGGACUGCUUAAAGAGAAGACGACGAACGACUCUGAGGCUGUGUCGAAAGCCAAAGAUUUUUACGCAUCAUGCAUAAACGAAGUUCUCCUCGAUGAGUUCGGUGCUCAGCCCCUGCUCGACUUGCUCGAUGUUCUUGGUGGUUGGCCCGUAAUUGCUGGUGAGAGCUGGGACGAGGACUCCUGGGAUCUAGUCGAAGUCCUCUCCAAGAAUCGACUGGAGCUCGACUAUAAUUUCCUUUUCGCGCAUAAAAUCAUUCAGGACAUCACCAAUUCCGACAUGAAUAUAAUGAUGAUUGACCAGCCGAUGCUCGGACUCGAAGAGAGGACAUUUUACCUGGAUGAAACAGACAAGACCCAUUUCAACGCAUACCAGACGUACAUGGUAGACAUGGCCACAGCACUCCGGCCAGAUCACGACAGAGAAGAGGCAAAGAGGCAGAUGAAUGACGCCCUAGAGUUCGAACGAGUACUGGCAAACUUUACAGCUUCGAUUGAAAUGCGACGUGACGUCACCAAAUUUAACAACCGGUACACAGUGAAGAAAUUAAAAGACGAAAUGCCUCAGAUAGAUUGGCUGAGGUACUUCCAGUUGGUCCACAAAGAGGGAUUUCUACCCGAAGAAGAAUUGCUCAACUUUUCUCCUCACUACUUUGGAAGAAUGGCGUCAUUUAUACACGAAACCCCCAAAAGGACAGUGGCCAACUACCUCAUGUGGCGAGUUGUGGACUACAUGAAUGAAUACCUUGGUUCAGAACUACGGGAAAUCAGACAGCAAUUCCUUUGGAUUACGAAGGGCAAUAAGAGAGAGCGUACCCGCUGGAAGGUCUGCUUCGAGAACACCAACAGCCUUUUCGGUAUGGCGGUGGGGGCGCUGUUCGUCAGGAAACAUUUUGACGAGAGGAGCAGAUCAACGGCUCAAGAAAUGGUUGCAGAUAUCCGAGCAACACUGAUUGAAACCAUUAAAGAUGUGUCAUGGAUGGACGAACAAACCAAGGAACUCGCUCUCAGAAAAGCUUCAAAAAUUAAGGAGCGGAUAGGCUAUGGCGACAUCCUGAAGGACGAAGAGGCUGUAAAUGACGCCUACAAAUCGAUAGCAAUAUCUCCAACUGAAUACUUCGUAAACGUCCGGGAAAUGUGGAGGUCAGAUGCGAUUGAGGAUUUAGCAAAAUAUGGAAAACCAGUUCAUCGAGGAGCAUGGAAAAAAUCACCGAUUGUAGUCAACGCUUAUUACACCCCACAGGAUAACGAAAUUAGUUUUCCAGCGGGUAUAUUUCAACCUCCAUUCUACUCGAACGCUUUCCCUAUGGCAAUGAACUACGGUGGCAUUGGUAUGGUUAUUGGACACGAGCUCAUGCAUGGUUUCGACGACAAAGGAAGACACUUCGACGACGAGGGGAAUGUAAACCAAUGGUUUUCCAAUUCAUCACUCCAAGCCUACAACGAGCGGAAAGAAUGUUUCAUUGACCAAUAUUCAAAUUACUAUGUUCCUGAAGUUGACAAGUAUAUAAACGGUAAAAAAACACAGGGUGAGGUAUUGGCUGACAACGGUGGAAUCAAAGAGGCAUUUCUCGCAUACAAGAAGUGGGAGAUGAGACACGGUGGACCAGGGGCUACUCUACCAGGGCUGGACCUCACACAUGACCAACUCUUCUACCUUAAUUUUGCUCAGAUAUGGUGUAGCCUCCACCGCAAAGAAGAACUGCUGAACAUAAUCACAACAGACUCGCAUCCGCCUGAACAAUCGAGGGUGGUUGGGACGUUGUCGAACUCGGAGUACUUCGCUGAAGCCUACCAAUGUAAAAAGGGAUCUGCAAUGGUACGGGAUAAGCCGUGUAAACUGUGGUGAGAUCUAAUCGAAACACACAAAGUACACAUGGAUUAUUUAAACAAUUUCAAGAACCAUUCUUGGUUUGAUCAUAUUACUUUACCAGACUGUCUUGUAAAGUAAAUCUGACACAUUUUCGGAAUGGAAUUUUAACUUCGAUUCUGCAUAACUUUGACACAUAUUGCGGUUCAUAUCUGAUACGGAGAUGGGCCAGGCCCCCACGGUAUCUGGAACCGGGUCAAUUUAAGUUUGACCAGGACUUUUUUUAGAGUCAGGCAAAACAAGAUGAGCGAGCCAUGGAGUAGUGUUUAUUAACCUCGCUUUGGAACUCGAUGUUUCACAGUCGUGUUGAUGAAAAUAUACAAAUUUUAUUGGCUUUGAUUUUAUUUAUCUCAACUUAUGUUCUCAUUAUUUAACUGUUUUUUUGUUUUUUUUUCUUUUGUUGUUGUCCAUGAUUGUUCAUUAAUGUUUAAAUUAUUACUUUCGUUUUUUUAAUGAAUAGCAGAUAAAGACUUAAGUAAACAUUUAAAAAUAUAAAAGUAAUGACAUUUUGGUAAUUCGUCUAUAAACUAUUAUUUGUACCUAACUGACAUGUACAUAAACAUAUUAGACGAUGUUUUCAGUCACUUGUAUUAUGUUAAAUUUGGGUAAUUGUACUAUGACUAUUGUUAAAGACAGUGGACACUAUUGGUAAAUACUCGAAACAAUUAUUAGCACAAACCUUACUUGGUUACGAGUAAU